UGAAAUUCGGAGUACUCAGAAAAUUAAUCGAAAACGAAAGUAAAAUCGAUAACCAUGGCCGUGAUAUUACUAUAGGGAUGAAGGGAACUACGUUGGAUCAUGUCUGAUAGGAAUUGGAAAGAUCUGUUGUCCCCAUGUUGUCUUUAUGUGUACAGCAAUGAUACAGAAACAAUACGAUCCGAGGAACUCGCGAUGGCUGUGGAUGGGGUUGUCCAGGCGAUUUCUGUACCUGACCCAGCAGAUCAAAGGGGCGGAAAUAGGCUCCUAGUGCUUCUUAAUAAUGAAGAAAAUAAAAAACAUUUGGAGAAUCAUGGCAUUAUCUACCAAGGAAGACAUCUGUAUGUUGAAAGCAGCAACAACACCUGCGACAUUCCAAAUGAAUGGGAAAAAUUUGUGGAUGGCGCAUUCCAGCAGCCUAUGCAGUAUCCAUCUGGUCAACAAUCAGCCCAGGAAAAUGAUGUUUAUGCCAAUACGCCCAGUGUUCAAAAUAUGCCUAUGCCUAGUCCUCAGCAAUACAUGGGUCAACAAAUGGCUGCAACCCCAGGACAACAGAACCCUAUGAAUCCUGGUCAUAUUCCAUUCAUGCAUCCGUUUUACAUGCAGGGGAUGCCUCCCAACAUGUAUCCGCAGGAAGGAGCAGUGGGACAGAUUGUACCACCAGAAGCCGGGAACUUCCCUAAUCCCCAGCAACUGUGGCUGCAGAUGCAGCAUAUGCAGCAAAUGUUUUAUCAAAUGCAUGGUAGAAUGCCUGGUACGGAAGGGUCAACUGCUGCACAGCCGCCUCCUUACACUCCUGCUGAGGAAAAAAGUAGCUCAUUACCAGAAUCCCUAGAAAGUACUGCCACUAAAUCAAAGCAGAGCUAUUCAGACCUUCAAAGCAGUGAUGGAGAAUCAGUAACUCCCAGUGCUCCAGACGAAGAGGUCCAAGAGGAUGAAGAAUCAAUACCGGAGACCAGCAAGUCAGAGGCAGCCAUGAUAAAAGUGACCAAUAUUCCGGAUGGAACUUCGAAGGAUGCUUUGCUGUUUUUCUUUGAGAAUCGUCGGAAAAGUGGUGGUGGAUCGGUAGAAGACUUGGAGUAUGACCCAGAUACAAAGUCAGCUGUUAUUACUUUUGAAGAGCCUGAAGCUGUGAAAAGAGUUCUUGGAAAAUUACCAAUUCUUUUUAACGGAGUCCAAAUUGGUGUAGAAGAAUUCCGCCCAGAUGUUACAGUUGAAGACUAUUCAGAAGAAGCUGGCGAAGACUCGGAAAACAUCCUGGAAGUUAGAGGCGUGUCUUCUAAGACAAGUGAGGAUACAGUGAUGAUGUACUUUGAAAACACUCGUCGAUCUGGAGGCGGAGAAAUAAAGAGCAUGAAAUCAGAAGAUGGAGUGUUUUACAUCAUAUUUGAAGAUGAUCAAGCUAUUGAAAAGGUUCUAAAAAAACACCACAAGAUUGAUGGAACAGCCAUUGAAGUGUGCCGGUAUGUUCCACCCCCUCCACCAAAGCCAGUGCCAAUGUACUCCAACAAAGUCUUCAUUAAAAACAUCAGUGAGAAAACAACCAAAGAUGGACUGGAGAACUUUCUGGAGGCCAAAACGAACAUAACACCUGUCAGUAUUGAGUAUGGGGAGCUGGAGGGAACGGCUCUUAUAACGUUUGAGGAAGAUAUAGAUUUUGAGAAACUACAACUGGCUUGUAAAAAGAGAACUCUGGACAAAUCUCACCUUGAAAUAUCUCGAGUCCCUAUCACAAACUGUGCCAUUGUACGAAACAUCUCAGAGAGGACGUCUCGAGAUACACUUGAAUUUUACUUCGACAAUGAAAAAAGAAGUGGUGUCAGUGGGGUGUUGGAUGUUAAAAUGCUAGAUGGGUUCUGUCUGGUGUAUUUUGAGGACCCUGAAGCUGUGGAUGUAGUAUGCAGAAGACCUCAUCGAAUAGAUGAGCAGGAUCUAGAUGUAAAGAUAUAUUAUGAAUGCCUUGGACAAGUGGAGAGUGAUGAUGAGCCAUUUAAAACCCCUGCUUCCUUGGAGAUUUCCGACUUUGAUCCCAAAAAGUUGCAGUUUCUUAUCAAAUCGCCUCCAAAUCAGCAGGCAGUAGAGAAACAGUUGGAGGCUGUUUAUGGGAAGCCUAUCUGGCCUAAAAAGUCCAAAUCUAAUUCUCUCACUGUGGAAUGCACCUUGACUCCAGAAACAAAAGAUUGCCGAAAGAUUGCCAGGCAUUGGGAAACAAAAGUAAAAGAGAACCUCAGCAAAUUUUUAGAUCUUCUACAUGUUUGCAAGCACACUACAUUACAAGAGGCGUUUCCUUUAGUUCUAAGUGAACUGAAGUCUCUAACCAUUAGUAACCCAGAUGCUGUGGCUGUUGUUUUGGAGAAAAGUAAUCAUGAAAUUUAUGUGACGGGUCACAAACAGGCAGUGACUGAUGUGUCCAAACAAGUGUCAGAUAUCAUUCAAAAGGUUGAUCAAGAACUAGACAGAAAGAAACAGCAAAUGCAGGAAGAGAAACAUUUGAAAAGGCACCUAGUGCUAAUAUUACAGUUCUGCAAGUUUGAGCAGGAACUUCAAAAGAAAUAUAAAGACAUUUCAUUAAAAUAUGACAUCAGUAAAAAUUUGGUCAAAUUUGAAGGACUAAGUGGAGAAGUCACCAGUGCCAUAGUGGAAAUGUAUGAAUUUACAUCAAAAGUUGUCAAAACUGAAGUUAAACAGUUUUCGAAGCUUCUAAAGCAAUUCUUGCAACAGCAGCCAGUGUAUAUGUAUGUAAACUCUAAAAUGAAAGAGAGAAACAUCAUUGGGAUUUGGGAGUUUUGUAAAGAAGAAGAGACAUUGACAGUUUUUUCAAUGUCAGAUCAGCAGGCUGUGCAAGCAGCACAUCUCAUCAAGGAGUCUGUAAAAGAAACCCCGAUUCAGUUGAAAAAUGAGUCCAAAGCUUUACUUCCAACGAGAGAAUGGCAGAGUAAAGUUGAAGAGAUCGAGAAUAAUGGGCAAGGUUUGAUCAAGAUAAUAGCCCAGGCAGAUCAGGGGAGAAUUAUCAUCCUGUGUACAGACCAGUGGGAAGGCUUAGCUCGGGAGUUCAUUGAAGACUUUAUGUUAGCAAAUACCAUAUUUGAAGAAAGCUUAAAUUUGGAACCAGCCAUGAUGAGGUACUUACAGAUGAAUUGUGCAAACGACCUUCAAAAUGUUGGUAUUAAUCUUCAACUGGAGAAAGUCAAUGUAGUAGUAAAUAAUACUGGAAUUGUGAUAAAAGCAACCCAGACAGGACUAAAUCAAGCCAAACAUGCCAUUAAUAAAAUUGUAAAAGGAGUGGAAAAACAGACACAUUCAAUUAAUAAAGCAGGAAUAAGGAAACACAUGGAAUCUACAGGGGGACAGGAGAAACUAAGAAAAGUUGAAAGAAGUGAGGGAGUUGUGAUCGAGGUGAGUGACGAAAGUGCCUCUGAUGAAGACACCAGUAGUUCCUGGCUGACAACUGGUGCAAAACGACAAGAACUGGCAGUCUGUGUCACAAAAGAAGGAAAGAAGAUCUCUGCCAUGGUGGUGGAUAUAUUGGAGCUGGAUGUGGAUGUCAUUGUGAAUCCGGCCAACAAAGACAUGAAGCACAUCGGAGGUAUCGCCAAAUUCAUUGUGGAAAAAGGUGGAAGGUCUAUUCAAGAUGAAUGCAAUGACUAUGUCAGGAAGAAAGGUCGAUUAAUGGAGGGGCAGGUGUACCUCAGUGCCGCAGGGAACCUCAAGUGUAAAGGGGUCAUUCACGCGGUGGGGCCGGUCUGGCAGAACGGAACCAAUCAGGAGGAAGAGUACCUCAGAGAGGCGGUGUUUAAGAGUCUGGAGGUGACGUCCGAGAGACGAUUGACGUCCAUCGCGUUCCCAGCCCUGUGUACAGGUGUGUUUGGUUAUCCGGUGCGAGAGGCCACCAGGGUUAUUGUGGUGGCUGUAAGAGACUUCUUCAAAGAGAACUUGAGUUCCCCGGUGGAAGCUGUUUACUUGUGUGAUGUGAAGGAAGACAAUGUGAGUGGGUUCGUCAGUGCCAUGAAGAGGGAGCUGAAGGAUGUCACAGUGAAGGCUCCAGAGCAUGGCAGUCACUGGAAGUCUGGCAAAACUCCUGUCCCUGCUGGCAGGAAAGCUGUGAAGGUGGUACCUGUUGCUGCUGGUAACAUCACCAUCCAUAUUGUCAAGGGACAAAUUUCUAAACAAAAGGUGGAUGUGGUUGUGAACACAACAUCUAAGGAUCUCAAGUUGGGGAAUGGCGCCGUCUCUGCCUCCCUACUAAAGGCUGGGGGGCCUAUAUUACAGCAGGAGUGUGACCAGAACUACCCACAGGGCAUCCAACAUGGCGAUAUAGCAGUGACUUCUGGUGGUAACCUCUAUUGUCAGUCCAUUUGUCAUGGGUCACUUCCUGGCUGGGAUCAAAAGGGAGCAGCUUUAAAGGUUUUGAGGGCAUUCAUGGAAAAGUGCUUGGCACAUGUAGACCAGAACCAGCAUUCCUCUGUGGCAUUUCCAGCUAUGGGAACUGGAAACCUUGGUUACCCGAGGGAAACUGUUGCCAAGGAGAUGUUCAGUAUUGUCCAUAACUUUGGUUCUAGCAAUCCUAGUACUACGAUCUCUGAUGUCUACUUUGUGUUGUAUGAUAGGGAUACAGACACUGUGAAGGCAUUCGAAACUGAAGAAAGGAGGCAGGGAGGAGGGGGUGGAGGCGGUCGUCAUGGGCGACAGUUAGGGCUCAGGUCUCAGAAUCCAUCCUCUGGCCAAAGCAGUGGUUUCAUGGAAGAACGGAUUAAAUAUGAACCCUCUGAAUGGGAACAAAGUGUCAUGAGCUUAGAGGGUCCGAGAAGAAGACGGGAGGAGAAUACUCCAAGGGGAGUUUUUGACAUGUCACCAUCACAACUUUAUGGGCCAACUUUUGAUCUUGGUGAAUCUUAUGAAGUUGAUGAAAUUGGUGAUAGAAUUCAGCCUCUACCAACUCAAGGUAGACCUACUGUCAGUAAUUACAGAAGAAUGCAGUCAUCUCCUGACCUGCUUCGACAUAAGGCUACAAAAUCAAGUUUGCAGAAAUCCUCAUCAUCCCCAGGAAUGACAAAAGUGUACUCACCUGAUUGGCUCGAUGACACAAUUAUGGAUAAGGCAAUGGAAAUGAUUAAAAAAUCUUUUCCCAACAUAAAAGGCUUACAGGAAACUUGUGUUGCCUCAGUUCAUGGCCAGCAUGGACUGAAUAGGCAGCCAGGCAAUUUCCUGCAGAUCAUUAAUACACAGGGCAACCACUGGAUCCUGCUGUCAAACAUGGGAUGGGACCAUCAUCAUGUACGAGUCUUCGACAGCUGCUACAGGAAGUUGAAUCCAGACACCAGGAACUGUAUAGCAGCUUUGGUUCCGGCUCAAAACAACACAAUCAAAGUUCUGAUGCCUGCCUAUCAGAGACAAGAAAACCGAUCCGAUUGUGGAUUGUUUGCUGUGGCAGCCAUGUUUGCUCUUGCGCUUGGCAAAGAUCCUUCUAAAUGCUGCUGGGAUUCUAAAAGGAUGAGACCCUUCUUGCAUGAAUGUCUGCAGACCAAUACAUGCAGACCUUUUCCUCCCAGCUCUGCUCGAGUGAAACGGUUGCGGGAGAAGGAGUAUAAUAUCACCAUCUGUUUGAAAUGCCAGAGCUUUCCCAGUGAUAACCCUGCUAUUGGACUUUGUUCUGUGUGUCAAAAUAGCUAUCUUUGAUCUUAUGGAAAUUUCUUCAAAAAUUUUCUUAAUAAAGGUCAAGUACUACUCACAUAUAUCGUAAGUGGCAUUAAUUGCAGUAAUUUUCAAAGGGUUAUGGAUCAAACUACUUUUUUGGAAUUUAAUGGCACUUUAAUUUAAUAUUUUAUAUAUCAUUAAAGUAACAUUUGAUUAUAUGUUUCCUUUGUUGUACCUUUUGGGCAAAGCAGUUUUGUGCCAUACAUGUUCCUGAUGUUAUUUAGUUGUUUUUUUUUUACACUUUUUAAGAUCAAAUAUUUCACAGUUAAAGAUGUUUGGCAUUGUUUUUACAUGAUUGAAAAUAUUUCUAUGCAUUGGUUAUGUUUCAUCCUCAGCAGUUUUUAAUAACUCUAAGAUAUCUUGGAACUAUUUGUUGAUAUCAUUAUCUUGUGUUUGAAUAUCAUAUAAUGUUUAUGCAUUGUCUUACCAUUUAGUAAGCACCAAUUACCGUAUGUUCAGUAAUUUGUGUUGGAAAAUUUGCCUUUGAAGCUAUGAUACACCACUUGAAACUUUUACACAAAUCUUCACAGUUUAUGUAAUUUUUCAUAUAUUUUCCAUUACAACUCAGCAAAGCAAACAUCUUAUCAUUACUUAUUAGGUCUGUGUCUGUCUGACAAGGGAAGUAUAUCUUGUUGAUAAAUCUCAUAGAGGGCAAGGGGAUGCUUAGCCUUCUUUGUGAUUGAUCAACCCAAUAUAUUUCCAGUCAGUCAGUAACAAAACCUAAAAGUUUUUUUCCCCCCACGGACAAUCAAUUGAGACAUUUAUUCACAAAAAGCAGUGAUCUACACAUUUACAUUUUAUGUUUUUUUUUACACAGUCAAACUCUAAAAAAUUUGCAUUCUCUUUCAAAUAUUCUUUGAAAAUCUUCGCUGCCACCUGGUUUACUUUUAAAUGUUUUAUUGCUGUUCAAUUUUAAACCUCUGCAGAGGUUUGAGCAAAUCUCUAUGCUGCCAUUUUAUUCUGCUUCAGACACAACAAAGUGACAUCAUUUCAAACGGCAACCACUGAAAUUUAUAUGUAAUUUCAAAGGGCAAUAAAAAGAACUUAUACAGAUCGAUUGAUGUAUUAAAUAAUAUGAAAUAUAGAAAGAAGUUGGCAAAAUAUCAACCAUAUUGCUGAAUAUAUAUCCCAAUCAGUCGGACAUAGGGAUUAAUCUGGCAGUCAAGUGCUAUAUAUCUUUAAACCAAUGAAAGUGUGAUUUCAGUUCGGGAAACAAAAUUUUGUAAAAUGCAUGGAUACCAUACUUGAAAUAUUUUCAUUUAAAUUCAUAAAUAAUGUAUAAUGAAGAAUACAUGAAAUCUUUGGUAUUAUAACACUUUAAUACUUAAGUUUGAAAUUUUUGCAUGCUGAAGAUUAAAGAAUUGCAUUGUUUAUUGGGAUUUUCAUUUGAUAGGAAUCUGUGAUAAUCUUUGUUUUAUGUUAAAUUGUCAUAUAUUUGAUGUUUUCUGAACUGUUUUUAUUUUAAUUUUUUUUAUGUGAUUUAAAAUGUGACCCUAGUGUUUAAGUAAUACAUAAAUUGUGAUAAGAUUGUGAUAAUGCAUUUCUUAAAAAUAUGUUAUUGUACCAAUUAUACCAAUUUUUGAUUGUUUAACUGAAAAGCACUUUUUAUUACGUUGUCCAUUCUUUAAUAACCAGAGAAGUCAUUUAUUUUAUAAAAUUGGAUAUGAUUUAACUGUAAGUCAAAAUAAUACAAAUGAUAGUAUUCUGUUUGUUGACCUAAUAUGUAACUACCCCUGCCAAAUCGCUUAUUUUAUUAAUGAAUUAUACAAUUUAAGACAGAAACACUUGAUAAAGCCAUCUUGCUCCCAAAACAGGUAAAAUUUAUUCACAUUGUAACAGUUUGAAAGUGACUUAUUGGUCCGUUGGGCCGGGUGUAUUGAUGUUAUAUUUGUAAAAUGAAUUUUGUAAGUAUGCUAUAUACACAUGUCACUAUAAUAAAUUAUUUACUUACUUUCUUACUUUUUGAUUGUUUAAUUCGUUAAAUACAUGUGCAUAGCCUCAAUGGAGUAAUGUUUAAAGUAGAUGCUUCUGCAUGUUUGACAGAGUUGAAUGUUACAUGUGUAUUCUAUUGCUCUUGUGAUAAGGUUGUGUUGAUAAUUUUUUGAAAACAUCAAAAUUGUUGAAUCUAUGCUGAUUCUAUGUAAAACAGCAUGUGAUGCCAAUUAUGUGUUGAAGGAUUUUAACUAGUGUUGGUUUCACAUUGUAUCAAUUAACUGUUUAAAUUAAAAAGAAUUUAUUCAUAAACCACUGUUUAUUUUUGUGUGUACAUAUGCUGUGUUAGUGCUGUCAGAUUUCACUUACUGAUCAGCUUUUACAAAUUUUUGAGUCUAUAAAUUGCAAAUAGCUAUUUUGCUCUUCAUGUUCAGUGUUUGUUUAAAGACAUUUAUGUUUUUAUGGGACACUAGAUAACUCUAAAGACUGCCUGUGCACAGGCAGUUCUUUUUGAAGAAGUUUCCUACUGGCAUCCUUUUUUAGAGCCUAAAACAUUUUUAAUCAGUGGAACCAUGAAAUAGCUUUUUAUAUAUAUGAAUUUAUAAGUUUGCAAGUCAAAGGUCCUUACUAUCUCCAUAAGACACAGUCGUCCUUCUUUUAUCAAAUGUUUACAACCUAAAUUGACUUGUGGCAGUUUUCAAAGCAAUACUAAAGCAAAACAACUUCCAAAUAAUUUUUUCCAUCAGCUAUUAAAAUUGUAGAAUGUCUAAUUUAAUUUAGUGUUACUUUUAUUAUUUUACUGAUAAUUUAGGAUGAAAGUUGGUGUGUAAAGUUUACACUAAUGAAAUAUUACUAAAAAGCAUAACAGAAUUUGACACAUCUGUGCAUAUUUUAUAUUUUCAUGGUAUUUUUUAUGUUUUGUAAGUAACAGAUUUAUAUCUAUAUAUUUAUUUUAUUUCACAAAUUUUUCGUUUUACAACUUCUAGAUCAUAAAAUUCAAUAUAUAUCAAUGAAUCAAUUUUAAUCGGGACCUCCCUGACACCCCCUCUAGAUCCGCACUUGUCAUGUGUUUGAAAAAUUUUAAAACAUAAAUUAAUGCACAGUAAUUGAAUAACACAUUUUUUUCAAACAUGCAGUUGAUUAAACACUGCACUACUACUAAAUAAAUGAAAUAACUUUUACACAAGUUCUUACAUAAUUCUGUGAUUCCUAAAUAAUUUCUUUUUUAUAUUAAAAAAUUGUUUGUGCUACUUUAAAUGAUGACAUAUCAUUCAAAUAGUACUUAAAAAUAUUGUGAUGUAAAAUUCAUAUUAUGGCAGUUACUAUGAUUCAACCUUCUUACACAAUAAAGUUGCAAUCUUUAAUUUGUUUUUGUUGUGUU